AUGGCCAACCCACUGGUGAUAUCCGGCCGACCAGACGCCUCAAACAACAUCCAGCUCCACCCUCUCGUGCUCCUCACCAUCAGCGACUACAUCACCAGACACACCAUCCGAACACAACGAGGUCCAGCGAUCGGCGCAGUCAUUGGCCAACAGAAUGGCAGGAACUUCACCCUCGAGCACGCCUUCGAGUGCAAGCUGGCGGACGAGGCAGACGACAGUGAUGCGGUGCUAGACGCAACCUGGUUCACUGACCGAUUGGAUAUGUACAAGGAAGUCCACAAGGUGCCCGCACUCGAUCUGGUCGCGCUCUUCAUGCUAGGUCCUGUCGCGGGUCCACAACAGUCACAUCUACCAGUUUUGAAGGAAGUACGGGACUUGACUGGAUCCGACAACACAAUGCUUCUGCUGUUCCAUCCGGAGCUCGUCGACGAUCUGCAGGGCAGCAAGCUUCCCAUCAGCUUGUACGAGUCGGUGGAAGAGAAUGAUGCAAUGCGAUUCAAAGAGCUGGCAUUCGAGGUCGAGUCAGGAGACGCGGAGAUGAUUGGCGUGAACUUCGUGGCCGUGGGUGGCGGUAACGCAACAGCUGUGCCCAAGGCGGAUGCGGCAGGCUCAGCAGGAUCGAGUUCGAAGGACAAGAAGACGAAGGGCAAAGGCAGGGCAAAAGAUGGCGAGGAGGCUGAUGCUAAUGGUGCACCCGCAAACAUUCUCUCACCCGAGGACGACGAGCUGAUCACCACCCUCAACUCGAAAGUCAACGCCAUCAAGAUGCUCAACGAGCGCAUCAAGCUUCUCGGCUCGUAUCUGGAGACACUACCUGCAAGCUACCUUACCGACGAGAACCUCGAUGCCGCCCCACCAGCAGACACCAACUUCACUCUUUUACGCAGCAUCAACGCAAUGCUGUCUCGCCUACCACUUCUCGCACCUCCGCCUGCAGCAGUGUCCGAAGCAGACGCCGAUGGCAACGUUCUCGCGCCAGCAUCGAAUCUUGAAAAGUCCGCCGAGGUCGAGAAGCAGGACGUGCACCUCACAUCUCUCCUCGCAAGCCUUACCCGAUCUGUUGCCGAAGCACAGAGCUUGGGCUCCAAAUUCAACGUCGUCGUUCGGGAUAAGCAACAGAAGGAGCGCGGAGGUUUCGGUGGCCGAGGUGGACGGAUGGGAGGAUUUGGCGAUGAUGGCCUGGUUGCUGACGAUCGCGGGCUGUAG